AUGAAGAGCAAUCAGGUGAUAUCUUUUUCUUAUGGUGGCGUCACUGUGAGUGCUUCCGAUAUCAGCAAAGAACAAAAUUCUGGGGUGAACACUUUACGCAACAUCUCCUCCUAUAAUCGGAGGUUCGAUAGUUUCCGAACGUCAUCGGAAGGAUUUCGGGUCCUGGGUGCGAAUGACCGAACACUGUCGAAGAAAUUCGAUGUAUCUGUAAAUUCGUCAGUCUCUGUCAGGCGACCUCUUCCACCGUUGGUGAAGAACAACACUUGCAAAAGAUCAAGAAGAGAGUUGCCGUCAUAUUUUCCCCUCGUAGCACCAAAGCCUGUUCUACCACCGAUCAACCCAAAAAAGAAGAACUUUUCUCGAUUCGGGGAAGACAAUAAUAAUGGAAUUAGUUUUCAUUCUGAGGACGCCAAGCCUCAAAAUCGACCAGUAACCAUGACAACCAAACUUAUUCUUAAUGACAGCCCCGGUGAUGCAUUUGACGGGGAGUGUUUUCUUCCCCUAUGGGCUUCUACUCCUAAGAAUUCUCAAACAAUAUUACGUUCUCAGAAAAGUCGGCCCCUUCCGAUACCUAUCGAUGUGGUAUUUCGGCAAUCUUCGGGCACUUCCGAGCAGGAUACAUUUUCAUCAUCGUAUACGAAGGCACUGAGUACAUGCGUAACAUGCGACAUCCAUGACGAAGGAGUUCGGCCAACGGGGAAAAGGGAACGUCGGAAAAAAUUAAGCCGCGAUAAAACUAAGGAGUGGGUAAAAUCGUCGGACUUUGCCUUGAAGACUGCAGACGACGAAGCACUGUCGUCGCUCGAGACCGGAAACUUCCAGACACUAUCGUCCGUCACAUUCAGUGCCGAUCUUCCACCAAAAGACUGCAAUAAACCAAAGAGUACAGAUCAUCAGCUCAGAAAGAUUGUUAGUAGCCUGAAUGCACUGAAACCCCCUUCGUUGCCGUUUCGGAUCGUCGUCCACGAGCGCCUCAUCAAGUUCAGUGUCGAUCUCCAGUUCCGCGUCCAGUUCAUCAAAGAUUGGUGGCGGGAGAUCAGGUUCCCUCGGUUGCCAAUGCCAAAGAUAACCAUCGACAUCGACUUCGCCACGUUCACUCAGCUUAGAGAACCCCUGAGGGAGUUUUGCGCUCGACUUCGAGAGAGUUUAAGAUACCCCAAACCGAUAAUCCUCGACCCGCCACCGAGGUAUGUCCACAUCCCGCCAUCCGCAGUAAAUCUUCACGACGCUGCGUUGAUAACCGACGAACGCAAGAGACGCAAACUCACGCAGUCGCUCCUGCAAUAUGAUAAAACACCCAGAUGCUCUCCUCUCCGAGCUGACGUCACAAUGGUUGAUGAUGAUCUCGAGGGCAAGGGGCCUCGAUGCGUCUUCAAGGACAGGAAUGGACGUUGUUUUAAAACAGGUUCAGGGCUUCAUGUUACUUUUGCAGACGAGCAGCAGGAAGAUGAUCAGGAUUCGUCACCAAGCAAAGCCCCAAGAAUAAACGAUGGGAAACCAAUGCCUGUGACGAAAAAUGAACAAGUAUCGGAGAAACAAUUCAACAGCGCGAGGAAAAGGCUGGCAGCGAUGUUGAAAAAGCUAGACGAUCCUUCUUGGUAUGAAACCUGGAUUAAAGAAAACGACCAAUUCGAAAUGGAUUUGAAAGGAUUCAACCCAAAGAAGCUUGACCUCAUUCGGGCGCUCAUCUACGCGAUCGAACACGAGCCUUGUCAGAGGUUGACGAUCCAUGGUAAAGGUGAAGACGAGGACAGUGACCGCGGAGCGAUCGCGAGACAGAUGAUGCGCGUACACCAGCAGUUCGCGCAUCAUCGCUUUGGAAUGUCCCAAAGACAGCCAAGCACCGGUCUCGGUCCAGCCAUGCACCCCGGAGCUACGGCUUAUGGAAUCAAGGAUGUGGGUUACUGCAGCGUGUCGACCCACAUUAUGUAUACAGAUGAUCGUGCUGGCUGCCUAGCGUGUAGAGUCCUGAAGGCCGCCCGGCGUUUCGGCUGCGAGGACCGUCUCGCAUCGCUGUUAGCUCGACCCACGAUUGGGGAUUGCUUCUCGCGUGUAUGUAGGCGGAGUGAGGGAUGGCGUGACUAAAACUAACUGACUUUACAGAUAAAAAUCAUGUUACAAUAUACUGUAUAAUGCAGCUUUGAAUAUCAGCUGUAUAGUAAAUUUCUUAUUACUCCCUGGUACAGAAUAUAACUAAGGGGAAAAGGCAGGGAAAAGGUAAGGGUCUACUUUAUGUGACACAGAAAGGCAUGCAUUUACCUACCUGCUUUAAUACAUACAGGUGCAAGAAGAUAACCAUGAUGAUGAUGCAAGUUGAUAUAAAUGCAGUAUAACGCUUUUAAUACUACCAGUGUUCUUGUUUAUUCCAGUCAGUCAUCAAAUUACCCUUAUAAGGUGCUGAAAUAAUGUCAUGUUUUAAAAUGAAAACGUAGAACCGAAAUAAAUGAAAUUGAAUUAUAU